ACUCGGUCGAGCGGUCGUUCGAAGUUUUGCUGGGUAUGUCAGAUCCAAAUUAUAAGCCGGAAGAGACCCCACGGCCGCAACAACAACAACAGCAGCAACAGCAGAGCUUUGAAAACAUGCAAGAUGAUCCCCCAGCUCCAGUCAUGCCACCAAGACCCACAGGCGACCAAACAACCACUCAAGCUCCAUAUGGUUAUUGGCAAGGACAGAACAAUCAACAGCAGCAGCAGCCCCAGGAACCACGCUCUGUAGAAGAUCAAAUGCGUAUGGAUGAAGAAUUUGCGAGACAAUUGGCGUUACAAGAUGAACAAGCUCGUGUACAACAGUACCGUAAAUAUUGUGAAGGAAAAGGACCAAUCGUGGGAUUAUUGCAUCUGACAUGAUUUUGCUAUUGCAUUAGGUCAGCAACAACAACGACAACAGCAGCAGGAAGAUGACCAACCGCUGUUCAACUUUCAAGAGGACUUACCGGUCAUCAAGGAAAGAGUUAUC